AUGUCUGAAAUUAAUCUUACCAAAGCCAAUAGAAUUAUACAAAAUUUAUUAAAUGAAUUAAAAGUUCAAUGUAAUGUAUGUCAAACGGUGAUAGAUCGUGGGCACUAUGGAAAUCAUGCAUGUAAUGGAAACAGUAAUAAUCAAAUUCAAAAUUUACAGAAGGCAACUAUACAGCAAGAAAUACAGGUAACUAUAUCUUAG